UUUGGUAGACUUUCUACGUCCCUUGAGUAGUUGAAAAAAGCAGCCAGAUGACCGGCUGUUUAAGUACAAAACAAGCUAAAUUUUCUUAUUCAUCUUAAACUAAAGAAAAAGAAUUAAAUAUUGUUAAGAUCUUUGAAGUUAUGAAGAGAUAUUCGCAAGAAAAUUUGAUAGUGAAAGAAAAACUCUCACCUGAGACUGAGAAGGCAUUGAAGAAGAGAUGGAGAGUAGCUUCUACCUGUACUCUAUGCGCCAUUCAUAUACUCAACGAUUAUCACAAGGCUGCUGCAAAGCGUCGCGCUAAUCAGAUCAUUAUAGAGCGGAUCUUUGUUGCGACAAACUUUGUCCUAGAGGUUCCAUCGGCCGUUUUCGAUCAGCUUUCUUCCAAUCAUAAAAAUCAAUAUUUACUUGCAGCCAUGUUGAUGUCUCUUGCCACAUUGCUUAUUUGCAUAACUGAACUAGUUUACCAAGCUCUUAAGGCAAGAGUUGCUUGGAAAUGGAGGCAGAAAAUCAUACCUUGGUUUUAUUAUUCAUCUCCAGGAAACAGGCACAGGCCAUUUGGUUCCGUCACUGAUAUUAUUGGAUUACUCUCUGCAAUUUUCCAGUGUAUUUUCACCACAAUUACAUAUGUUUUAUAUCGUCAAGGCAGUAAAUGUCCAGUUCAAAUUUCCAUUAUGCCUCUUGUAUUUGCCUUUUGUGUACUGUGUUCUAAGUUUCAGAAGAAUUCUGAAGAGAGCCCGGCUUAUUAUUCUGGAGAGGUUAGGCAUUGGAGGACGCUUUGAGAAUGGUUAAUUUUCCAGUUAUGGAAUUGCUGUAG